GUAUUAACAAAAAGCACAAUAAACAUGAAAACCACUUCAGUGCAAGUUAAGCAUUCCUCUAAUUAAUUUCGUAGAAAAUAAAGAAAAUUUCAAACAAUGAAAUUUAAAGUUUACCCUGUUGUGGUCUGUUUGGCCUUUAUUUUGGCCGGUUUUGUAUCUCAGACAGAUGCUUUAAUGGAGGAAGCCAUUUUGGAGUUUUUAGAAGAAAUACGUCAUCGUAUGUGUUAUCCCUUAUUUGGUUUGCCAGCUCUAGAUCCUUAUCAAAUUGAACAUGCUGAUUUCGAAAUGGAUAACAAAUAUAUAGUGGACUUGGUGGGUUCGGUGACAGAUUUACGUGUAACUGGUUUAUCUGAUUUCAAUGUAACCGAUAUAAAAAUCUCCACCAUACCGAUGAGAAAAUCAAAUUUCAAUAUUGUUUUACCUCUAACGGCUUUAAAAUCUUUAUAUAAAGCUAAGGGUUCUUUGGCGUAUAUCGUUUACAUAGAUGGUAAUGGCAAUGCUAUCGCGCAUAUUGACAAUGUGAAAUUGUCAAUUUCUUGGGUAUUAAAAACUGGCCUUACCAUGGGUAUACGCAACUUAAACAUUGAACUCAGUAUUGGAGACUUGUUUAUAGAUAUUGAAAAUCUUAUGGAAGAACAAAGAAUUACUGACUUUUUACAUGCCUUAAUCAAUGAAAUGGGUAUAGAGCUUUUAAAUGAUGUUUGGGUAGAGGCACAGGAUCGAGGCAUUGUAAAAUAUGUUGAAGAUACCAUUAACAAAUUUUUGGGAAAUUAUACUCUCAGCGAUAUUAUUAAAAUUAUUGGUGGCAUUGGUGGCGGUGGUGGUGAGGAACCACCAUUUGGUGGUGUUCCGGCCGAUUGCAAAACAAAAAAUUUAAUCUAAAGACUGAAAGCGUGAUAAUUAUUAGUUAUAUACAUUGUAUUUAUAAAUUCUUAUAUAUAGAACAAAACAAUAACAAUUGUUUA